CUGCCAGCGUAAAGUGUACAAUGAAGUUGUAUCUCCCUGUAAAAUCACUUUACAUGAAUGCUUAGGGUUUGCGUUACGCUACCACAUGCCUUGAAUCACAUUACGAUGCGUUUUAUAACACCAGGACACUGUGGUAGGUCAGUAUACGUUUGUUAACUGUUAGCAUCAGUAGAGUUAUGGCCAAACAUGCAGUGCUGUCAUCAGGGGCAAAAAUGUGGAGAUCUCUGUCCUGUGCAAAGUCAGAGCUGCGUCUGGAUCUCACUCUUGCCUGUGGACAAUCUUUCCGAUGGAGAGAAACCGCCGAGGGCCACUGGACCGGAGUGAUGGGAGGACGAGUGUGGACUCUGACUCAGACAGAUGACACCCUGUGGUACCACGUUUAUAAAAACCAAGACGGGCAGAAGUGGGGAAGUGACAGGAAGAGGAGAGCUGGUAUUAUCCCCCAGGAGGAACACAAGUCCGAGAAGAGAUUCAAAGGGGCUUUGAAGAAGGAAGAGGAGGAGUUAGUGGCUGUGACUUUAGUGCAGGACACUGAGGAGGAAGAAGAGAUGCUGAGAGGUUACUUCCAGCUGAAUGUUAGGCUGGGGGAGCUGUACAGAGAAUGGGGAGCAGCAGACCCCCACUUCAAGCAAAUUGCAGACAUCUUCACCGGUGUGCGAAUGCUGCGCCAGGACCCAACUGAAUGCCUGUUUUCCUUCAUUUGCACCUCCAACAACCACAUUUCUCGUAUCCAGGGCAUGGUGGAGAGACUGUGUCAGGCUCUGGGUACCCCACUGUGCCAGCUGGAGCAAACCUCUUACUAUGACUUUCCUUCCUUGACUGCACUUGCAGACAGCAGCGUAGAGGCAUGUCUCAGGGAUCUUGGUUUUGGAUACAGGGCUCGGUUCCUGCAGCAGAGUGCGAAGCAGAUUCUGGACACCCAUGGGCUCCAGUGGCUUGAAGGUCUACGCAGUGUCCCAUAUCUGCAGGCCCGUGAUGCUCUGCGUACACUCCCUGGUGUGGGCACCAAGGUGGCAGACUGUGUAUGUCUGAUGUCCCUCGAUAAGGCAGAGGCCGUGCCCAUUGACACACAUGUGUGGCAGAUUGCUAAGCGUGACUACAAAUAUGCUGCUAGCAACAGACAGAAGAGCAUCACAGAUAAACUUCACCGAGACAUUGGCGAUUUUUUCAGAAAACUGUGGGGUCCUUAUGCUGGUUGGGCACAGUCAGUGCUGUUCUGUGCCGACCUCAAGAAGUUCCAAAAGCUAAAAGAAGUCCCACGUCUGAUGCAGCCGAAAAAGGAGGAAGACGAUGAAGAUGAAAUCCAGUUGGCAUGCAAGAAAACGAAAAUUAAGACGGAAGAAAAUGGUACUGUGAAGCACACGAAAACCAAGUCAGCAUGCCACAAGAAAGCGAAGAUGUCUGUCAAGAAUGAGAAGGUGGUAUGAGGUAAACAAAAUUCUUACAUCAGGAUUCACAUCAGAUUACAAAAACAUACUUUGUUACUUCAGCUUCAUUUGAAAACCCAGCGAAAUGCAAACUAUAGGAGUUUUAUUUGUCAGGAAAACAUAGUAUAAAAUUGAUGACUGUAAAGCGAUCCUCAGGUGUUCUGUUUUCAUGUGUUUUUAUACUUUACUGCAACCCCUCCUAUGUCUACUUCCCCAUGAGUUCAUCAUUACAAAUGCAGCACACUGUUGUUUUUUACAGUAAAAAAAAACAAAACAUUAUGUGCUUUUUUUUUUAUAGUGCAUGUAUUUUGAGUGAAAAUGUCCAUAUUAGCAACGUCAUCAACACAGAGGUACCCUCAAGCCCAGUAAAACGAUCAGACACAUUUCUACUAAAUGUUGCCAGAAGUUGCCCCUAGGUGGCAGUGUGUAUUGGAAUAUCUCGCUCUGCAAGAUAAUAUCACAUAGUGGGCCAUUUGCUUCAGCCUGUUUUUUUUUGUUUGUUUUUUUUUAAAUUUUGAGAACGAACUGCACUGUUUCCCAGGGUGAAUAUUUUUUUUGUCAAGCCCCCAGGUUCCUAUUACACCAUGCACGAACAUGCCUUGGCAAAUGUUGUGCUUGUCCGAAAAGGUCAUACAAUGCCAAAAUAGUGUUUGUUCUUUGAAUUCUCUGCAUUAAAAUAGCAUAUCUGUCUGUUGGAUCAUAAAAAAGCUGUCUGGCUGGGCGGCUGUGAAGUGCCAUGGUGUCUGUAUGUGUAUCUAUAGGCAUUAGUUGACUGUGUCAGCUGGUCUUUUUAUAGCAGGGAUUGCAGUUAUCUGCUGUCACUGCUUGGGGCCAGUGUGACUGUCUCUGGUGACAACAUGGACAUGUCUCUUUAUGGCAAUGACCGAGCAAUAUUUUGGUUUGUUUCAAAUAUAUGGAAAGAAAUUAUUUUGAAAAGUGGCAAAGGCAAACAUGACUAUCAAGUCUCGUUCUUGCUCAAUUGGAGAAAUAUUUUCAUAGAUGUAUUCUUAAAUGAGCAGGUGCAUCAUACAUGUAGUUUUGUCGCAUCCGCGUGUCUGUAUGUGCAUGUCUUAUACCAAUGCAAGUGUUUGUUUUAUUUGUGGAAGAGAGUGCAGCCAUGUGAGUUAAUGAAUAUGUGAGUCAGCUUUCAUCCCAAAUCCAGCUGGACAAAAGCUGAGGUCGAGCUUUAAGGCAGAGUCACGCUGAAGAAGAAAAAAUAGGUAAUAAUAAUGUUUUUUUUAAAAAGAGUUGAGAGAACAGGAAAAUUAUUUUUUUUAAAAAGGAGAAUGGAAUAGGUGAAAGUGUGCUUGAGGUGGGGACAUGAAUUUUUAAAGAAGAAGCCAUGUGUGCACACAAGCUGACACACAAAGACUAAAACAACACAACAGUGGUCUGUGGAUUAUGUAAGAGGUGGGUCACAGCUUGUGUUAUGCUAUCGGGAAUUGUUCAGUUGAGAGGACAUCUCUCAACGCGCCUUCUUUCUCUAAGAGGCUCUCCUACAGGCACCAGGGGGCGCCACUUUUGGCGCUCCAAAGGGGAAAGGCCACUGUGUAUUUCCAGAUGUGCAGCAGCUAGAUUGUAUUUGUUCUGCCUUUGGUUGACAGCAUGUGAGACGAGGUUUUGUGGUAGUUGAGUCUGUGAGAUGUGGGGACCUGUGAUGUCAAUCGUGCGUGUGUGUAUAUGCUCAUGGAUAAAAUAACCAGAUGGGAGUGUCUGUAUUGGGCUGAUGCAGUUAACUAAAUACGUGGCAAAUCAAGAUACUUCAUCACACUGAUGCCGAAAUGCCAAAAUCCAGUACACUCAGUUGGCAGUUUAUUAGGAACAGCCAGCUAAAAUGAAUUCAGUCUUAUACAACUCUCCUGCAAUACCUCCUCCCUUCAUGAUUAUAAUGUUCAGUUGUUAUUGAAACUGUGUUAAAGAAGUGUUGAUACAACUGUAGGAUCAUCUUUAAGAUCCUUUUGGAGGAUGUACUGUAGUUUGAGGUGCAGGUGAACUGCAUUGCGUUAUGUUGACAGGUGUUCCUAUUAUUUUAAAUGAUCAAACAGUUGAAUCACCACAUCUUAAACCCAGUUUCGACAAAAACUGAACAUUAAAACCUUCAUGAAGGGCAGAUUUGUUGAACAACUGUUGUAUUACACUGCACAAGUUUUAGCUAGGUGUUCCUAAUGAAUUGACAGCUGAGUGUAUAUAGCCAUAAAGUAGCCCUGCUCAUUGAUUUGCAACAUUGCCUGUAGUGGCCUAAUACAGCCAGAGAUAAAGAAGUGAUAGCUGCCACUGCAUAAAUGGUAUAGAUUACAGUAAAGCCUGGUAAUAUUCUCUAUUUGGUUAGUGCAAUUCUAGCAGAUACUGUACUGUAUAUUGUUUUGUUUUGAUAUCUGAGGUGCUUCACUGGAAUAGAUAAUUGGGAAUAGCUAUACAGUUAAUCUACAGUGUAUAUACAGUUAUGUAAAAUAUAGGAAUAUGUGUACAG